UUAUGUUCAACCGCCUCUUUUUGAGUCAAUUGUGCAAUUUAAGGUUAUGUUUACAAACGAACAGAAGCAAAGUUUCACUUCAAAAUAUCACUCCUCUCCUUCUAAAUCGUUCUCUCCAAACCUCUGCUAUUUCACUCCAUGGAGAAUAUGAAUAUGAAGACCCUAAAUCCGAAGAAGACGUUGUGAACAUUACAUAUAUUACCAAGGAUGGUAACAGAGUUAAAGUUCGGGGCAAAGUUGGUGACAACGUCCUCUAUCUAGCACAUCGCUAUGGCGUUGAAAUGGAAGGUGCCUGCGAAGCAUCUCUAGCUUGCACUACCUGUCAUUGCUAUGUGAUUGGAGACUAUCUGGCUAAGCUACCGGAGGCAACCGAAAAAGAAGAGGAUUUACUUGAUUUAGCUCCUUUUUUGAAAGAAAAUUCAAGGUUAGGUUGUCAAAUCAUCCUUACCAAGGACUUGGAAGGGAUAGAACUCCAAUUACCAUCUGUUACUCGAAACUUUUACGUUGAUGGUCACAAGCCCAAGCCUCAUUAAGUAAGCACUGGCUGUAGAGACUUCCGUCCGAUAUUUAUAGAUUCUAAAACUUCAGCGCUUAAAAUAUUCAUAGUGCGAAUUUGACAGCAUGUAAAUCUUCUUUUGCAAGUCUAAGCUGUGAUCCACGAAGCCAAGUAAGAGCUCCAAUCUAAAAAUGAGCUUAAUCGAAAAUGCUGUUGCUGCCUCUACAAAGGCUGUGGAAUGUGAUCGCUUAGGAAACACGGAAGGUGCGUGCUAUUAUUAUCGGGAAGCAGCUCGGCUGUUGAUGCUUGCAAGUCAAGAAAAUGCUGGAAAUGAGGCAGCUGCUGGAUGGAAAGUGAAGGCACUGGAGUAUGCUGAGAGAGCUGAAAGUCUUCGUUUAAAAAAUUUAAAUGAAAAAGGCAAUCUCCGUCCCAACCGCAAUAAAGGAUCUCUGGACGUGGAACGUUGUCAUUUUCUUAUCAGCCAAGCAUUGGAUGCAGAUGAGGCUGGUGCGAAAGACGUCGCUGUUAGCCUUUAUACGCAGGCAGUCGAGCUUGGUUUAUCAGCUAAAAAAGGAAUCUUAGAUCAAGAUACUAUCAACAAGCUUACUUCUUUAGCACGGCAAGCUCUGGAGAGAGCAGAGGAGCUCAAAGGCAUUUCAAAUCUACCUGUUGUCAAGGAGACACCUAACGCCACCACCAGUUCUUCUCAGCCUCCAAAAGUUGUGAAUAAUAAACCAGAACUCCACCGAGGCAGUAGUGGUCAUCUGAAAGUUGUAGGUUCUGACGCUUACACAGAGGAAGAGAAAAAGGUACUUCUGGCCACAUCUUUUAUCAAUCGAAAUGAGUUUGUGCCUUUCAUGAAAGCUGACCUCGGUGAAAGAUUUCAGUACGCCAUUCCAUUCACAGACAAAGAUGGUUUACUUGAAUUGUCACCAAAACAGAAAAGAGAUUUUGAUCGCUGGGCUCGACCUAAUGAGUUCUGUUCUGAUCCCAAGAUGGUAAGCGGUUCGCAAGUGGACUGCUUUAGUAUCAAGCAAACCGUUGUGUCUGACUGUUCUUUUGUAGCUUCACUUGCUGUCAGUGCUUUGUAUGAAACUAAGUUUGGCAGACGGUUGAUCACUUCCAUCAUUUAUCCAAGGAACCGAAACAAAGAGCCCAUGUAUAAUCCUUUCGGCAAAUACAUGGUGAAGCUUCACAUUAAUGGCAUUCCACGAAAAGUCAUCAUUGAUGAUAUGUUACCUGUUGGCAGACACCAUGAAAUGCUAUGCUCCUACUCCACAAAACGUGAUGAGCUUUGGAUUUCUUUAUUAGAGAAAGCGUAUAUGAAAGUCAUGGGUGGAUAUGAUUUUCCAGGUUCAAAUAGUAACAUAGAUUUGCACGCCCUGACAGGCUGGAUCCCUGAAAGAGCUGCAAUUCGUCCUAACGAGCAAGACUUUAAUGCUGAUGCUCUCUUUAACACCCUCCUCACUCGGUUACACAAAGGAGAUGUGCUUGUCACUGUUGCCACAGGAGAGCUAUCACCUGCAGAGGAAGAAAGGACGGGACUUGUAUCCACCCACGCUUAUGCUGUUCUUGAUGUUAGGAAAAUAAAAAAUGUACGACUACUUCAGUUGAAAAAUCCAUGGUCUCAUGUUCGAUGGCGUGGAAAUUAUUCAGAAUUGGACGUGAUUCACUGGGAGCCACUCAAAGAUGUCCUAGGAUUUGAUCCCACCAGUGCAGCAAUGUAUGACAACGGCGUAUUUUGGAUUGACUAUGAAAGCAUUCUCAAGUUCUUUGAUGUGUUUUACAUGAACUGGAAUCCGCAAAUUUUCCAGUAUACGUUCUGCAUUCAUCAAUCGUGGUCUGCUGGAGUUGGUCCCAUCAAAGAUGCAUAUAAUAUAGGAGAGAAUCCUCAGUUCUGCCUUGAAAUUAACGAGCCUGGUAGUGGUGCAAUUUGGAUGCUGUUAACGAGACAUAUAACGGAGCUAGAGGAUUUUAGGGAGAACCAAGAAUUCAUCACUCUCUUAGUCUAUAAGAAUGAUGGCAAGAGAGUCUAUUAUCCAAAUGAUCCUCCACCCUACAUUGAUGGAGUGCGCAUCAACAGUCCACAUUAUCUUUGCAAAAUAAUACUCACAGAUUCCAGUCCCAAACGGUUCACUCUUGCAGUUUCUCAGUAUAAGAAAAUGAAUACCAUUUACUACACUCUAAGAGCAUAUGGCACACGACCUUUCUCCCUUAACAAACUUCAAAAUGUAUACAAAGUCGUUCAGGAGGUUACCGAUCAGUGGAAAGGUGAUUCUGCUGGUGGCUGCCGAAAUCAUCCGUCAACAUACCCGAAUAACCCUUGUUACCAAUUAACAGUGGAAUCAAUUCACAAUAAUAACUCCCUCGGAAUUGAAGUCAAAGGCCCAAAGCAAUACCAAAUGGGCAUUGAAAUCCUAACAGUUAAACUGGAGGAUCCCAGCGCAACUGCUCAUUUUAUUUCGAAAUCCUCUGGACCUUACAGAUCUGGCUUUGUUGUGUUAGAACUAGAAGAUUUGCAACCAGGCACUUACAAUAUAAUAGCUUCGACUUAUCUUCCAAAUCAGGAAGGGCCCUUCUUUUUGAAAGUGAAAUCUUCAUGUUCCAUAACAUUAAAAAAAAUUAAGUAAGUAGUGAUCUAAAUGUUUACUAAUAGUGUUAAGAAAAAAGCUCGCCUCUCUCUAAUCAUUGUUAUAAGAAGUUACAUUUAUUUUUACCUUUGUUACUAAUAAAGCACCACAAAUUGUUA